AUGAUGGAAGAUUCACCAGAUCUUGGCGAGCGAAUCUUGCGAAAGCUCGGCUACUUGGACGACAGUUUCAACACAGACCUUGAAGAGGCUUUGCAGGUGUUCGUGAACACUUCGGAGAACAAGAGACUGUUGAGAACGAUUGGAGCCAUCCCUGAUUUGAGGGAUGCCGAUUCCGCCAUGUCAGUUACGCUCAGGCAGGCAUUCCUCUCGAGCCGAACAGAUGGUUCAUGGCAGCAGGCGCCAUCAGACACAAACGUCCGCCAACUGCUGUUGCAGCGCCGUUUGUUGCACAAGUCCGCUUCAAAGGGUGAUGUUUUCAAAGCCAUGCAGCAGUAUGUCCAGAAAGAGUCAUUGGAGACGAUGAAGACCUACAACGGCCUCGUUUGGCGGAUUGUAGCUGCAAUGAAUGCCGAAGAUCCCUGCCGCAGGGAUGUCGUCAGCCCGUAG